ACCCAAAGUAGCGGGAGCGAAUAGUAAACAAGACCGACAUGUCCGAUCACCACCAUCACCACCACCACGCGCGGCUGAACCGCCUCCGCACCACUGCCCAGCUCCUCCGUCAAACCACAGCUUCUUUCUCCUCUCACCCUCUCACUUUCCUCUUCUUGACUUUCCUCCUCUUCUCUUUCCACUCUCUCGUCGACCAUUGCUCCCUCCUUCUCACCUCCUUCGUCGACCGUGACCCUUCUCUCCGCUCCCUCCUCUCUCGUCUCCCUCUCCAACCUCACUCCCACGCUCCCACGCGCCUCCACCAUCACCGACGUGCUCCGUUUCUUCAGCUCACGCGCCUCGGCACCUUAGACGACGACUUCUUUUCCACAGACGAGCACGAUCCCCAUCGCCGAUCCCUUCAAGGCUCUCCAUUUCGUUCUCCGGUCAACGCCACAUCUUUAAUUUUCUCUGGAUUCGAGGGCAUUUCUGGAUUGUCCCGCCCUAUCGCCGAUAACGGCCUUCUCCUCCCUCAGAUCAUUCGCUCGGGAUUCCUUUUGCAGCUCAAAGAUGACAACGAAACGAAAUUCGAUGAAUCUGAGCACGAUCUCGAGAAAGAAGAGUAUGGCGGAGAGAAGAAAGACAAGGAAUUCGAGAGUUUCGUGGAUCUGAAGCUGUUUUUCAAAGGGUUCGAGCUUGGUCGACGCGACGCUGUGGCUCUGUUCUACCUGGUGAGCUUUCUAUCCGCCGCGUAUGGAUGGGUGGUUCUUGGGUUUACCACCGUCUACUCGCUGGUGCUGGCGAUUAUGUUCGUCACCGUAAUCAACGACUUGCUCGGUAGAUUUCCUUCCUUUCUUGGUGUUGUUUGGAGUGGUUCAAGAUUGGGGUUUAAGAGAGUUACAGGCUUCGUUUUGAUGAGAUGGGCAGUGAGAGAUGCACUAACGCAGCUUCUGGGUUUAUGGUAUUUCGGAGAGGUCGAAGAUCAGUACUCGUUUUUCAGGCUCUUUUUCAGGUUAAAGCUUAUGCCUUUCACUGUUAUGCCCCCAUGGAUUCGAGGUUUCGAGAAGGAGAUAUCUGGUUUCUUGUUCGCCUGGUUUCUUCUUGAUACGUUCAUUGGUUUGGUAUUAGCUGUUGAUGCCUUUGUUGCCAUUGUGGAUCCAAGGAGGAGGGGAAGGGAGAUUGUGAAGGAAGGUCUCUAUUUGGUAUCUCUUCUUUUGCAUCAGGCCGUGCAGCUCAAGUGUCUCGAAGCGAUUCUCUGUGGGUCUUUCUUUAGAUGGGUUCUGAUUCGAAUUGUAGGGAAAAGCUUUGCUUCUGUGAUCCAGUCUGGCCUGGAAGUUUAUUUCAUGGCGGCUUGGUUAGUGUUCUACUUAGCAGCUAGGUGUAAAGAUGCACACGCAGAAGGUAGGAGGUUUGGGAGAAGAGAAAUGGAGAAUUUGAUUGAUGGGAUAAGAUGAUAAUGAAUUGGAUCUGUGUAGGAUGAGUUUUCAGUUUCAAAGGAGCAAACCAGUGGCUACAUCUCUGCCAAAAGUUGUCAUGACUAGGUUUCUUUGGUAUUAGAAUUACAGUUGAUUGAUAUGAUUGCCAAAUUCAGUGUAUGUACGCACGUAGGAUUACUUGUGAGCUGUGAAAGAGAGGAAGCACGAUACAACUACUGUGUAUAUUCAUUUGCAAGAUUGUUCUUUGUAUAUAUCUUGCUGCAGUUGUUGAUAUCAAUUUUUUAUUUUUGGGUAUGAUAAAUAGAUCCAACCCUCCGAUUAUUCUGCUCGGCUUAAGUGUACCUAUUUAGUGGCCAUUUUGUCCAACCAUUUUGAUCUUCUUUAUGUCAAUACAAC